AUGGAUGGAAUGGGGUUUGUCGAAGAAGCAGAAAACUUGACACACACCGAGAAUGAAGCACUUGCAUACAAGUCUACAGCAAUUCCCACAGUAGACCUCUUCUUCAUCAUUGGGGCAAGCAGAGGGAUGGACAUAACACCUCUGUUUGCAAAGUCAUUUGAGUACUGCAGAGAGGACUCUGUGCGGAUUGCGCUCUGGGCAAGAGACAUCAGAGGAGGCGCAGGAGAGAGAAAGCUGUUCAGAGACGUGCUGGAGUAUGUUGAGCAGAAGGACCUCGGGCUGUUCAAAAGGAUGGCCGCCAAGGUGCCCGUUGUUGGACGGUGGGACGACAUGCUUGUGGCAAAGACCGACGAAGGAUUUGAGCACGUCUCGGAGCUAGUUAGGAAGGGAAUCGAGGAGGAGGCGGGAAGAGGCGACAGAUCGCUAGCAGCAAAGUGGAUGCCGAGGGAAGGAGAUGUUGCAAAGCGACUGAGAGAGAGGUGGGGCCUGGCGCCGAAGCAGUACAGGAAGUAUCUGGUGGAGCACACCAAGGUGGUGGAGUCCGACAUGUGCGAGAGGAGGUGGGAGGAAAUAGAGUUUGAGGAGGUUCCUUCUCUUGCACUUGCCAGAUACACAGCAGCCUUCAAGAGACACUCUGCAGAGAGGUUUGGUGGGUUUAUAGAAAAGGUGAAGUCGGGCGAAGUCAGGAUCAAUGCAGAGGCUGUUUAUCCCUACGACGUGCUCAAGACACUGAAGAUGCAGGGGGAGGAGGUUGCAGAGGAGCAGUGGAAGGCACUUGCAGACUACACGAAGGGCCAGGCCAUUCUUCCAAUGGUUGAUGUGUCUGGAUCCAUGGGAUCUGCAGUUGGGGGAAGCCACUCUCUCACAUGCAUGGACGUUGCUGUUGCGCUUGGGCUGUACAUCUCCACAAAGCAGAAGGGACCAUUCAGGGACCUCAUGCUCACGCUCCACUCAAACCCCGAGUUUGUUAGCACUAAGGACAAGGGAACUCUCAAGGAGAAAGUAGACGCCGUGAUGAGAAUG